CACAGAGCCUCCGAGUUUGCCCGCUUCCUGGACAUAUCUUCUAAUGUUUGGAACAACAAUCCUGCAUUCCAACUAAAAAUGUAAUGAUGCUACGGCCUCCUCCUGCUCUGAAGCUGUAGUAGACAAUGUCAGCCGUCACUGACCAACCACACCCGUUCGGAGGGCUGGAGAGAGAGAAGCACAUCCGCAUGGUGUACCAUGCCUUCCACAGAUGCUGGGGAGGCCGCGCUGAUGUGCAGGGCUCGACCACCUCUCUCUGCCCAGAGAUGGGAGCCCUCCCUGGGCCCGCGGAGCCUGAGAGCCAGGCGAUAGUGCUCCACCAGGGAGAGCAGGGUCCGAGCGGGGUGGCCGGGCCCAGAGCGGGAGCGUCGGGUUUGGAGAUGGACAUCCUGGAGAGGAGGGACUGCUGGCAGGAGCCAGGCACAGCCAGGGGUCUCACUGCUCUCAGAGCGGUCAGUCAACUGCACAUCACAACCAAACCAGAAGCAAGAGGUCCACAGUGUGUCCCGCGAAGAAUCUACAAUAUUGCCAAUGACAACAAAGAUCAAGUCUUUGUGGUGGUUGAAGAGAGCUCCUGUGUGUGUCUGCAGUGCUGUGGUCCAGCGCGCUCCUGUUCCCUGCAGGGCUUUGACCGGCUGGCCCAGCAGGCCUUCCACUUUGAGCGGCCGCUGCGGGCCGACACGUGCUGCCUCGGCUGCUGCCUAAUGGAAAUGAGGGCCUACUCGGCAGAGAGGCAGCUCAUCGGUACCGUGCACCAGAGAUGGAGCAUGUUCACACCCUAUUUUGAGGUGUGUGAUUCGGACGGAAGUCUGGCCGUGAGGAUCCAGGGCCCCUGCUGUCCCCUGCGCUGCCUCUCCAACCAAGAGUUUCAGGUGGUGUCCACGCUUGGCGAGACGAUCGGCAGCAUAUGGAAGAAAUGGCCUGGCUUUAAUGAAGAAUGUAACAUGGACCAUGAAUAUUUCGGACUGGUCGUCCCACAGGAGAUGGCUCUGAACACCAAAGUGCUCCUGCUAGCUGCCACCUUCCUGCUGAAUUACAUGUUCUUUGAGAUGAGCUGAAGGAACUGGAGCAAGUAUCUGUACGAGUUCUACAUCAGAUGUGGACUAUGAUGAUGCUAAUACAACACUAGCUCCAGGUUACAGUAUGUCUGAAGCAAUAUGCAAUGGAUCAGGGUUUAUAAUGGCAUUGUUUAACUGUGGAUAUUACUGUGAAUAGUCAUUUAUAAAGCUGUAUCUAUCUCAGUGUCCGUGUCUGGCUGUUCCUUCUAUAUUCGUUUCUUAUAAUGUAUGUUAAGAUGUUGAGCAAAAUACUGAUGUUACUUUAUUCACAAACCUUUAAUUGACACGUUCAUUAAAAAUGAGUGAGUAUG